GAUUAUUGGUUCUUGCUAUUAGAUCCCUAAAUCUAGACCAAUUACAUUGACAAAUUAUUCAACUGUUGUGCAACUGUGAGUCUGCUGAAUGCAGCCAUUAAAACCUGAUUUUUGUAUCGGAACGCUGUUCAUUGCUUGCUGGCUGGCGCGAAAUUUAAAAUUUACGCUGCCUUUCAGCACGUAAUUCGCAUUUUUAAUAAAAAUAUGAAUUUAAAGUGACAAACAAAGCUUGAUCAGCGAUCGAAGCUGCAAGAUGAAAUAAAUUUUCUCACGAGAUCGCUCCGUCAGGUUGAAAGAUUCUUCAAUAAAUUCACCUAAAAGGUUCUAACGCGACUAAUUAUGAGAAAGCAAGCUCGUAAAGUUUACUAUGUUUUACUCUUAUUUAUUACGCGCUGUAUGCCUGCGUGAAAGUUGAAUUGAUAAGUUUGAUGAUAUUAACCUUUUUGACCGAACAAAACAAUUCAACCGUUAUCGUUUUGAAUACUGUCUUUAUCGAGUAAAAUUGUGGUGGCGCAUAUAUAUAAAGCAACAAGUGCUUAAGUGGUUAUCUUAUCCUGUCAGAUACAGAGACAUAUUUGAGGAUCUCAGUUCACGUUUUACCAACGAUUUAUUGUCCGGUUUGAAGUGACAUUAACGAGGUAACAAAAUGAAAAUGUCUAAAAUCAUUAUUGAUUGCGACGCUGGUACAGACGACGCGUUAGCGCUGUACCUUCUUCUAGUUGCUCACAAAGAAGGCAGGGUUUACAUCGAAGCUGUAACUUGCGUUUUCGGUAACACUACCGUUGACAAUGUAGUGAAAAACGUGUACAGAGUACUCGAGCUGUUCGAGGACUAUGAUAUACCAGUUUAUAAAGGAGCUUACUCCCCUCUGAUGAAUAAUAACAGUGAUGGAUUUUUGUCAGAUAAAGAUUAUGUUCAUGGAUUAGAUGGAUUUGGUGAUGUGUAUACGAAUGAGCCGGAUAUUAAUCGCAUGCGAAUGGCUCAUGCUGCAUAUGCUCUACAAAAGCAUACCACAGAUAAUCUUAAUGACAUCAGCAUUGUUUGCCUGGGCCCUCUAACAAAUAUUGCGUUGACUAUAAAACUGUACCCAGAUUUUGCCAGCAACAUAAAGGAUAUCUUUAUAAUGGGUGGAAACUGUACUGGUCACGGUAAUAUUAAGUCGCAUGCAGAAUUUAAUUUCUACUGUGAUCCAGAGAGCGCGUCCAUCGUGCUCAACAACAUCUCUAAGCCUAUCUAUAUGUUGCCGUGGGAAACCUGCUUGAAAUCUCGUAUAACAGAUGAUUGGCGCUGGAAAACACUGGGAUCAAUAAAUACACCUUUUGUGGAAAUGUUGAACAAAAUCGAAGAAGGGUGUCUACGUAUUAAGAAAGAGAAGAAAACACAAUAUUACGUGGUGUGUGAUGCGAUCUUAGCUGGGAUUGUUUUGAGACCUGAAAUGGCCAGGAAUACUUACUCGCGUUAUGUGGAUGUUGAAUUAAAUGGCAGCAAAACUCGGGGCCAGGUUGUCAUUGAUCAUCUACAAGAACGGAAGGCAAACGUAUUCUUGAUCGAUGACUUCGAUUCAGAAAUAUUAAAAGAACUAUUACAUUUUGUAGCAAAUCCGGACGAAAAAAACAAUGAAGUCCUAUUUCCACAAAUUUUAACAACUCCUACAAGUCAUGUACUAUUAAAUAGAGAUCAAAGUGAAGAUAGUGUGUAUGACCAAUUGGAAGUUGAUUUAUUGUAAAAUGAUCGAUUGAUUAAAUGAAAGAUUUCAUAAUUGUGUAAAAGAGUGAAAUAUAUAUUCAAUGAAUAUUUUUGGUA